GUCAAACCAAAUCAAACCAAAUCCCGGCACAGUCGACCAGCCCCCAGCAGUAACAAGCAAGCGCAGACUGAGCAGUGAAGGGAGCACGACCAAAGCAUCGACUCACAGCCAGCGCAUACCACCCACACCACCAGCCAUGGCAGUCGCAGGCACAGCAGGCUCAGGCACAACAGCAAGCGCAAAGAAACAGUCCAUGUCCGAAAUCAAACUCAGGCGCCUCUCAGAGCUCAACAUCCGCCUCAAGGAAGACCUCGACCGGCCCAGAGUCAAGGUCAGCGAAGCAUGCGAAACCCUCAUUGCUUUUUGUAAAAACACAAAGGAUCACAUGGUUCCAAGUGUCUGGGGCCCUUUGGAAAAGCACGAAGAUCCCUACAACCUACAGACAUCAAAGAGCACUGGCUGCUGUGUCUGCAUGUAGUCUUCUACCGCCUGCGCCUCUUCUUCUCCCUUCGGCCAUCUCCUAUCCGGCCAAUUUUAAUCGAAUGCAGCGCACACGCCAACAUACAUGCCG